UGGAGGCGAACACUGUGGUAAGCGCCUGCGCGCCCCCUCACGUGGAAUUGCGGUAUGGGAGGAAGAUCUUCCUGCAAUGCUUCCGCAUUCUGGUGGAUAAUCGCACUUCUCAUGCACCUCAUGGUCGAUCAGACAGAUGGGGCGAACUUUGUCCAGCAGGCGCUGCGGGACGGGCGCGCAGACAUGGCUGCAAACGUAGGUCCUAUCGAAAUUCGGACCGCCUUAGAUCCGUCCAGAACUGUGCGGCCUCCUAUUGACCUUAUAAGCCGUAUACCGCUGGUCGGGCGGGUGGUUUGUCGCCUCUUAUGCUGCUGCGACCACCGCGACCGCUCGACCUGGCGCAGCGGACGACGCUAGUCCUGAUUGGAACGUAGCCAGCCUCGAUCGAAGUUUAAGCCGGCGCACACUCGAUCAGCGUUUGGCCCGGCGGUCGUCCCCCCCUCGAAUCAUCUCGCCCACGUCCUACCUCCGCCGACCAUAGCGCCCGCAGUGA